AUGGCUCCAAUCGAACUCGACGACCGCAAUAAAUCGCAUCCUCAAAUCAAUCCUCCGGCAAUCCAGAAACCAGGAGAAUCGAAGACACAAACUAUCCACCGCUUGGCUGCCGAAUUGAAAGUGGCCAAGAUGGCCAAGACUCAUGCCGAGAGGAAGGUCCUGGAACUUGAAGAUGUGAUCAGACAGCGAGCAAAGUUAAUGGAUAUUUCGAGUCAGCAGUGCGAUGCGGCUUGGGAAAACAUGGCCGAACUGAAGAACCAAAUAGCUUCACAAGAUGUGGUUAUCAAACGGUUGAAGGACGAUGCAAACCAAUAUCCCCUCUCAUCUUCCACCCUAGUCCAAUCGCACCAAAGGCUUUCAUCCACUAUCGACACCCUUCGGGAAUGUUUUACAUGUCCACUAUGCUAUAAUGGUCUCGAAAAGGGGGAUGCAGUCAGUUUAAGAUGUGGACAUACGUUUUGCCAAAAAUGCAUAGAUGCUUGGGCGGCUUCGUCGAACCCAUCCGAUUCAAGACCGCAAGAACUCCGCAAGACAGCGGAGGCUCGGGUUCAGUGUCCUGAGUGCCGCACGACAGGCUCGACCCGAGUCCGACUUUACAUGAUGGAAGAAGCAAUCCGCUUGCUCGCCCGCGCUGAGCGAGAAAGGGAGGCGGCUGAGAUUGAAGAGCAGGCUAGGCGAGCAGAAUUGGAAGUGGUACACGAUCCCAAGCCGACAGACUACCUCGCGGAUUGA